AUGCCGGGAAGCCAUGAUCAAAGAUUGGGCCUAGUGAUUCCUCCAGGGCGGGUGCGCUUACAGCCGUCUCCGGAGGACGGCUACGCGUGGUCUGCGUCCAACUCCAAGGAACAUCUUCUGAAGACGAACCUGGGCCGUGGCACGGUAGGCCUCUACCAAGACAUAAUAGAUGAGCUCGGCAAAUCUAUUGAAGCUGUGACCCCACCAUCCCUACAGCUAUCGGUAGUCGGCAACGGUAAAGCCUCGAGUAUAGAAGGCCCCAAACAUGUCGUGGAAUCUUUCACGGAAACUAUACAGCGAUUGGAGUGCAAUAACCAGAUUGUUUCCUUAGAGCUUGAGCGCGCCAGCACCCGCGCCGAGGAUUUGCUGAGCAAAAACCAAGAGCUGGAGGCCAUGGUUUGCCGUCUCCAAGAGGAGCUUGGAUGCUCUCAUACCUCAAUUGAACAGAUGAGUGGGGAAAUAAAGCGGUUGAGGGAUGCAAUCUCCCAAACUAUGAAUCUGUUCCGCAAUUGUCAGCCAAGGGAUGGGGAAUCCGUUACACAGCUGGUGGAAGAAGCUCAAUGCAUGGAAAUCUUGUAA